GCCUUUAAGCAGACCUUGAGAAGGGUAUAAAUAUUGCAACGGCUACGAUGGAAGUUGUGUAGCCGCAGACAUGUUGAAGUUUGUGCUCCUCGCUGUCCUAGUCGCUGGUGCCUAUGGGUGCGGGCUGCCCACCUUCUCCCCCAUUGUGACCCGGGUGGUCGGUGGGGAGGACGUCAGGCCUAACAGCUGGCCCUGGCAGGUCUCUCUGCAGUACAACCGGGAGGGGGAGUGGAGACACACCUGUGGAGGCACCCUGAUCUCAGACCAGUGGGUGCUGACCGCUGCUCACUGCAUCAGCAAGGACAAGCAGUACAGGGUGGCCCUGGGGAAGCACAACCUAGUGCAGGCCGAGGAGAAGGCCGUCUUCAUGGCCCCCGCCUCCAUCAUCGUUCAUGAGAAGUGGAGCAUGCUCUUCAUCCAAAACGACAUCGCCCUGAUAAAGCUGGAGGCCCCUGUGACGUUCACUGACGCCGUCAUGGCCGCUUGCAUCCCCAACGCCGGCUUCCUGCUUGCCCAAGACACGCCUUGCUACGUCACUGGCUGGGGACGCCUCUCCACUGGAGGUCCCAUCGCUGAAAACCUGCAGCAGGCCCUGCUGCCCGUGGUCGACCACGCUACCUGCACCAAGCCCGACUGGUGGGGAUUCAUGGUGAGGGACACCAUGGUCUGCGCUGGAGGAGAUGGCGUCGUGUCUGGAUGCAACGGAGACUCUGGCGGACCCCUGAACUGCCAGAACGUUGACGGCGCUUGGGAGGUCCACGGUAUCGUGAGCUUCGGCCUGGGACUCAGCUGCAACUACCCCAAGAAGCCCACCGUGUUCACCCAAGUCAGCUCCUACGUGGACUGGAUCAGCUCUAAAAUGGUGGCCUAUUAACAAGGACAGCGAUUCUCUGACCCGAGUCAUCACAUUAAAUCCUGAAUAAAUAAAGUAUUGAACCCUGUCUUUGCCUCUGUUGUUCAUUGUGUA